AUGGCCUCACGCACCCCGUCCCUUGAGUCGCUGCCCGGUGCCAACUCUAUAGGUUCGCUAGAGCGUGGCUCCUUAUCACCCCUGACUCUUAGCGGUUCUUCGCCUCCUGCGAGCGAUUCCGCCGUAUGUGAUCUUCGUGAAUUCGACGGCCUCGACACCACCUGCGCGAUCUGCCGAGAAACUUUCGUCGACCCCAAAGUAUUAAACUGCUUCCACACAUUCUGCCGAGCUUGCUUAGAGAGGGAGCAAACGCAUCCAGAUAAAGUUACUUGUGUCACUUGCCGCGUCGACAGUCAGCUACCGCCGACUGGUGUUCACGGACUGCUGCCCAAUCUUGUGAUAGCUGCUGCUGUAGAGCAGGACGCUGAUCUCCUGCCAUCGUCCCGUCAAACGAAUUCGCCCUCAGCUCGCUGCACAGGGUGUAAAUCUAAAGAAUCUGACGCUGUAGCUCGCUGCGUCGAUUGUGCAAACUUUCUCUGCCCGAACUGCGUCAUGGCGCACCAAUUCAUGCACUGUUUUGAAGGUCACCGUGUACUUGCGUUCACGGACUUAAAAGAUGACAAGGGUAUGCUCGGAUCUACCCUUACGACGAGUGGUGAUAAAACCGCGUUUUGUCCAAGACAUAAGAAUGACAUUCUGAAAUAUUUUUGCCGCACAUGUUCCGUGCCCGUCUGCAAAGAGUGCACCAUAAUCGAACACCCGGCCGCUUUGCACGAUUGCGAACAUUUAUCUGACGCUGGCCCUAAACAGCUAGAGCUUAUGCAACAAUCAGUUAACGAAGCUAAAACGCGAGCCACUGAAAUCAGGCAUGUAGUGAAAACUGUUGAACAUGCCGCUGGGAAACUACAAGUACAGUAUCACAAAGCUCAAAAUGAAAUUAAUGAUACGUUCCAAUUCUAUCGCUCUAUGCUAGAAGAACGCAAGCAGGAAUUACUGAAAGAACUUGAAAGUGUAUUCUCGACAAAACAAAUUGCGCUGACCGUAGUCGGGCAAAAAGCUCAAGAGACUGUCGAUAAAAUUUAUCAAACUUGCGAUUUUAUGGAACGCCUUACCAAAUGCGCUAACAUAGCUGAGAUUUUAAUGUUCAGGAAGUUGGUAGACAACAAAUUACAGUCGCUGAUGAGUUCCAAUCCCGAACAAAGCAUGCAGACAGCCUGCGAACUUGAAUUUGUUUCAAAUUAUCAAGCAAUACAAGUUGGUGUGCGUAAUACUUUUGGAUAUGUGCGUUCUAGUUCAGAAGCGAACGUAGGUCCGACUAAACAGCCACCUAUUGCUAGACCUACCAAUGGUUCACUUUUGAAUGGUGGUUCAUCAUCCAGCAGCAGCAGCGUCAACGGUAGUUCGGGAAGCCUUAAUGGUGGAAUCCAUUUGCCGACUGGUCUAAAUGGAGUUUUGGAUCGUCCGUUCACCAACGGCCUCCUUGGUCCGACAAGUCAAUCGACGUCGCCAUUCGAGUCAAAUAUUAUUUCUAAGAGAUUCAACAGUGCCAACAGCCUUGGACCAUUCUCUACCGCUAUUGGAGAUAUCAAUUUGAACGGAAUCAACCCCUAUGAGAAGUGGUCUAACGGUGGAUGCGACCCACUGUUCCCAGCCGCCACUUCUGAUCCGUACUCUCUUACGGCUGGGGCACACAAUGAUUCAAUUUUGGACCUUACUAACAAACUAAUUUCUACUGCCAUUUUCCCUCCGAAAUCACAAAUUAAACGACAAAAGAUGAUUUAUCACUGCAAAUUUGGAGAAUUUGGCGUCAUGGAAGGUCAGUUCACUGAACCGAGUGGUGUCGCCGUCAAUGCUCAAAAUGAUAUCAUCGUUGCCGACACUAACAACCAUCGUAUACAGAUAUUCGAUAAAGAGGGUCGUUUCAAAUUUCAAUUUGGGGAAUGUGGAAAACGUGACGGUCAACUAUUAUACCCGAACAGAGUAGCUGUAGUUCGCACAUCCGGCGACAUCAUCGUCACUGAGAGGUCACCGACUCAUCAAAUUCAGAUUUACAAUCAAUAUGGACAGUUCGUUCGUAAAUUCGGCGCAAAUAUUCUGCAGCAUCCGCGUGGUGUCACCGUUGACAAUAAAGGUCGUAUUGUUGUCGUGGAAUGUAAAGUCAUGCGUGUAAUCAUUUUCGAUCAAGUCGGUAAUGUACUACAAAAGUUCGGAUGCUCCAAACACUUGGAAUUUCCAAACGGAGUUGUGGUUAAUGACAAACAAGAAAUCUUCAUUAGUGACAACCGCGCGCACUGCGUCAAAGUAUUCAAUUACGAAGGCAUUUACUUACGCCAGAUCGGUGGUGAAGGGGUUACUAAUUAUCCCAUCGGCGUUGGCAUUAACGCAGCUGGCGAGAUCCUUAUUGCAGACAAUCACAACAAUUUCAACCUAACUAUAUUCACACAGGAUGGUCAAUUGGUUUCCGCGCUGGAAAGCAAGGUGAAGCACGCACAGUGCUUCGAUGUCGCUCUCAUGGAUGAUGGCUCGGUCGUCCUCGCCAGCAAAGACUACCGGCUGUACAUCUAUCGUUACGUGCAAGUACCUCCAAUAGGUAUGUGA